GCGCUCUACACUUUGUGUCUAACCCGCCUGGUAACGUGAAGAAGUGUGUAAGCAGCAGCGCGUUAAUCCGAACCGGGUCUCUGGACUGAGCUGAGCCGGCCCGGUGUGCUGGGACAUGGCCGUGGAUGAGCUCCGCGGCUCUCCCGGACACACAGCCCGCCAGUGACGGGACCGGUCCCGGUAAACUGGGCGUGCUGGUGUCGGUGUUCUACCCGCUGCUGGCCGUGCUGUCCCUCCUCCGGGCGCUCCUCUGCCGGUUGUGGACCCGCUCCACGGCCGCCGUCAGAGCCGAACCCGGAGCCGAGGAGCAGUGUGACAGCAGCGGGAGCCUGGAGCGAGGAGACCGGGUCAGGAGUCACCACGGGCGGGCCUUCGAGUUCAUCUCUGCGGCGCUGAGGAUCGAUGAGGACGAGCGAGGUGACAAGCAGCUGGCGGUGGGCUGGUACCAACAAGGGAUCAGCGAGCUGGAGAAAGGCCUCGCCGUGCAGGUCACAGGAAGCGAAGAGAAACGAGAGCGCGACAGACGUCUGCAGAACAAGAUGACCACGAACCUGAUCAUGGCGAGGGAGCGGCUGCAGACUUUAGUCAGGGUUCUCUCAGAGUCGGGGACUCGGAGAGACGCGUACACCACCAGCUCUGACCUGCAGGGUCCAGCUUCAGCAGGUGUCUUCAGAAAGAGAGACCCUGUUAACCCCGCCCCCUCCAGCCGACCAAUCACCUCCUGUUCUUCGUCCUCGUCUUCCUUAGCGGGCCGUCAACGCGCCUCUCACCUGAGCUCCCAGCGCCCCCCGGCGCACACUCACAGGAGGGGCAGAACGAGCCGUCACAUCGUCAAAGUCAGCGAGCCGACGUCGACACCACAGAAGAAGAAAGAGGUGAAGAACCUGAAGAACGUGGACAGGAAGCUGGUGGAGCUCGUUCUUAACGAGGUGGUCGACAGUGGCUCGUCCGUCAGGUUUAAAGACGUAGCCGGUCAGGAUUUGGCGAAGCAGGCGCUGCAGGAAAUUGUUAUCCUGCCGGCGCUGAGACCCGAGUUGUUUACAGGUCUGCGAGCUCCGGCCAGAGGACUCCUUCUGUUUGGUCCCCCAGGCAACGGGAAGACACUGCUGGCUAAGGCCGUGGCGUCUGAGUCCAACGCCACCUUCUUCAACAUCAGCGCCGCCAGCCUGACCUCCAAAUAUGUGGGUGAAGGAGAGAAGCUGGUCAGAGCUCUGUUCUCUGUGGCCAGAGAGCUGCAGCCCGCCAUCAUCUUCAUCGAUGAGGUGGACAGUCUGCUGUGUGAGCGGAGGGAGGGCGAACACGACGCCAGCCGACGUCUCAAGACAGAAUUCCUCGUCCAGUUUGACGGCGUCCAAACAGGAAGUGAUGAUCGUGUUUUAGUGAUGGGAGCCACAAACAGACCUCAGGAACUCGACGAGGCCGUUCUCAGGCGUUUCACUAAACGUGUGUACGUCGCUCUGCCAGCCAUAGAGACUCGCCUCACGCUGCUGAAGAAUCUUCUGGAGAAACAUGGAAACCCUCUGACGCACAGAGAGCUGAGCCAGCUCGCCAGAAUGACGGAGGGAUACUCCGGCAGUGACCUCACCUCAUUGGCUAAAGACGCCUCUCUGGGACCAAUCAGAGAGCUACGUCCAGAGCAGGUGAGGAACAUGAAGGCCAGCGAGGUCAGGAACAUCUGUUUCAGAGACUUUGUCGACUCUCUGAAGAAGAUAAAGAGCAGCGUCGGCAUAAAGACGUUGGAGCUUUAUGUCCGCUGGAACAGAGACUACGGAGACACGACGGCUCUGUGACCGCCACAACAACCUCGUUUUUAAUCACCACCUUUUUUUCAGAAUCUUUGCACGAAUGUUUCUACAAGACAAAGAAUCGUUCUCGUCUUUCUUUGUUUCUCUUCAUGUUCUCUUGACCUUUUUCUUGUCACUGAACUGUGUUUGUAGCUAUUAUAUUUAAAUAAAUCUCUUUUUUUUACACUA